UCUAAUACCGCGGUUCCUUCAGCUGACACUAGGGGUGGAGUGGCAUUUAAUGUAUCUCCACCUCCGCUAAUCCAAAUCUCUGGGCAAUUGUAAACAAUAGAACUAAUACACAUUAGUUCACAUUAGACGGUGCUAAGGAUUCCAUUGCCAAGAUGACGGAGGGCAGCCACUGGCUGAACUGGUGUCGCCUGUGCGCCAAGGACGAUGCCCGUGGCAAUGUGAAGGUGCAAAUGAGUGGAAAGGGAACCUGGGAUAAUGUCCUCAUAAUGGCCAUCCGCAAGUACUUCGAGGUGCAUAUGAAACUGGACGAUGAGCUGAGCAGCGUGCUGUGCACCGAGUGCUACACCCUCAUCAGCGAACUAAUCGAUUUCGCCGAGCACGUUACCAAAGUACAAGCCAUUUUCGAGGUGCUGCGACGCACUGAAACGGAGCCCGGAAAGCAACUGGAUGUGGCUGAGCUGCGCCAGCAGUAUGGCCUCUGCGAGGAUGACUGGACGCACAUCAUCAAGCCCAUGCAGGUCCCUGAAAUCGACUCUGGCCAGGAUGCCAGCGAAAUCCAUCUAAACCAGGCCAGAGUUUUACGGGAAUCUCCUUUGGAAAUCAAAAUAUCAGGGAGCCAAAUGACGCCGCACCCAAAGAACAGCCUCGAAAUUGAGAUACCCAAACAGGAAUUCAUUGACAUCGGCCCCAUUUUGCUAGAGAAGAAUGAAAAUCAACUGGACAUGGACGACGUGCUAGUUGAAUUGCCUGGAGAGGAGUUAUCUCAGUCCCGCGUGGACAGCACAAACUCUUCAGUUUACCAAGAACAGGAUGUCAAGCCAGAAAUGUUGGACAGCUCCGACGAAUUCCAGGCCGAAGAAAGUCAGCAAAUGAAUCUCGUCACGGCAGCACCAAAUGCGUCCGAGUCAAGUGCAGAGGAAAAGGCCAAGCGGGGUCGCAUGAAUUGCGAGAAAUGCGGCAAGGUCUACAGGAAUCGCGCCUCCUACGAGAAGCACUUGGAACGCGUGUGCCGCAGGAUCGAGCGGAGGGUGAAAGUGGACAAGACCACGACCACCUGUGAUCUGUGCAACAAAACCUUGUCCUCCGUCACCGCCCUAAAGCUCCACAAAGAGGGUAUACAUCAGAAUGUCAAGCCAUAUAUCUGCGAUAGUUGCGGCAAACAAUUGAAGACAAUUACCGCCCUAAAUGAGCACAAGCUGGUGCACACGGACAAUCGUCCCUUCGAGUGUACCGUUUGCAAGGCGGGCUUCAAGAACCGCGCCCGUCUGAAGGCCCACUAUCAAAUCCAUGCGGAGCCCAGCUUUGUGUGCAACAUUUGCGGCAAGAAGCUGCAAACGCGGCGCACCUGGAACAUGCACAAGGUGGUGCACAGCGAGGAGCGGCGCCUGAAGUGCGAUGUCUGCGGGGCGCUCUUCAAGCGCUCCAAGACCCUCAAGACCCACCUGCUAAGCCACACGGGAUUGCGACCGUACGUCUGCAACUACUGCGGCAAGUCCUUUGCCUGCAACGCCAACUGCCGGUCACACAAGCUCAAGAAACAUCCGCAGGAGGUUCAGCAGGAAGACGGCGUAAAGCUUUCCUCGCGCCUCAACGUCCCCACGCUGGAAGAGCUGCGCGUUAUGACCCAAAAACUACCCAAAGGAUCAGACUAG